CCCAUCCGAUCCAGCCCCCUCCACACCUUUCCCCUUCUUCUUCCCUCUGCUUAGGAGCUGGCUGACUUGGCGGCGGUGGUGUGGGAGCAGCUGCGCGGCGGCACCUCGUACGGGAGACGCGGAGCUCUGGAGCUUGCGGCGGUUCCGGAGGGCGGGGCUGGCGCGGGCGGCAUGGGGCGGGGCCGGGUCGAGCUCAAGCGGAUCGAGAACAAGAUCAACCGCCAGGUCACCUUCGCCAAGCGCCGCAACGGACUCCUCAAGAAGGCCUACGAGCUCUCCGUGCUCUGCGAUGCAGAGGUCGCGCUCAUCAUCUUCUCCAACCGCGGCAAGCUCUACGAGUUCUGCAGCGGACAGAGCAUGCCCAAAACACUUGAGAGGUACCAAAAAUGCAGUUAUGGUGGUCCAGAUACUGCAUUGCAGAAUAAGGAGAAUGAGUUAGUGGCAAGCAGUCGAAACGAGUAUCUCAAGCUGAAAGCCCGAGUGGAAAAUUUACAGAGAACACAAAGGAAUUUGCUUGGUGAAGAUCUUGGAACACUCGGCAUCAAAGAACUCGAGCAGCUUGAGAAGCAACUUGAUUCAUCCUUGAGGCACAUAAGAUCGACAAGGACACAACACAUGCUUGAUCAGCUCACUGACCUCCAGAGGAAGGAGCAAAUGCUGUGCGAAGCAAACAAGUGCCUCAGAAGAAAACUGGAGGAGAGCAGCCAGCAGGUGCAUGGCCACCAUAUGUGGGAGCAGCAGCACGGUGUCAAUUUGCUGCUCGGCUACGACCAGCGACAGUCCCCACAGCAGCCGCAACACCACGCCGGCAACGGGUUCUUCCACCCUCUGGACGCCGCCGCCGAGCCCACGCUGCAAAUUGGGUACACUCAAGAGCAGCUGAGCAACUCGUGCGUGACGUCCUUCAUGCAGACAUGGCUACCUUGAAGACGUACGGGCGAUAUGUGAUGGACCACGAUCCAGCAAUCUAAUAAAUACAUGCGACGACGACGCUUUACAGUCCUCGCAUCCUACCUACGUAUAUUCCGGCCGGGUAGCGACUAUCGCGUCCAUAGUUCUGUGUGUUGUGUGAUGAAAAACUUUUGUGAUCGAUGUAAUGUCAAGACUACUUGCUUUGCUUGAUGCCCAAACGUGUCUGGUAGGAAGGGAGUACGUCAGUGUAGUAUCAUACAGCCUAUGCACUGUAUCGUAGGCUUGCUGCUGCGAAUAAGUGACGUACAGUCCUGUACCUUCCAUGAUCCGCGGUGCAAGUUUAGCUGUACCCCGUACGUACGAUGAUGAUGAUAAUGGAUGAUGUGAUGCUAUAAAUUGAGUGGCUAUAUAAAGUCAAUUCUACA